AUGAAAUCACCUUUGACACCACGGACCUUGGAAAUUUUCUACCAAAACAACGGUGGGAAUGGCCUGCUUGAUUUACUCGCCCCUGAAGUUUUCUACCAAAUUAUGGUUAAUCUUGAGCUUAAAGACAUCAGGAUCUGCAUGUGCGUCUGCAAAAAAUGGAGGGUAAGUGGGCGAGUUUCUACAAAUUAGAGCAUUUUUCAAAGGUUCAAAGCAAAAUGUGUAGUGUACACAUUAAAGAUUUCGUUUCUUUUGCACUUAAAUCAGUCGUAGAUCGUAGCAGGCCCUCCCCGUGACAACAUACUUUAUGGAGAGUACGGAAUCAAGCACUGUUUAAUAUAAAUGUUUCCAGAAAUUUUUUCCAGAAUUAUAAUUUUAUAAUUUUAUUGACACGGGAAGGCAUGGAAAAAGCCCUCCAUAGUUCAUCUUACUUUUGGUUUUGUUUUGCAGUUGGAUUUUUUUUUUUCACAACCGUCGUUAUUCUCUACUGUGUGAGACGCGGAAAUUUUUAACUAAAAUCCCAUGUUUACACUUUUAUCUUCUUCAUUUCAGCUACUCUUGUCCACGGGAUACUUCUGGAGAAAUUACAUGAAUCAUUCGUUUGACUUUACGGAUCAAGACGAAGAGAGACUCACAGGAAUGUUGCACGAGCUCGGUAGCUCGUGGUUCUUCGGCUGGGGACAGGGAAUGGUGCAGGGAUUACCCGACGGGGACUUAUUCGAGGAACUCCCAAGGCGCUGGAAAUCCGGUAUCGUACACCCGGUUGGACCGGAUGUUCGAAGUAAAGUGCCUGAUUACAAGGCCAUGUACGAAUCAUUUCAUCAGCUGCAAAAAUUGCAAGAUGAAGUGAACGAAAGAGAAAUUGUUUACAGUAAGUGUCUGUUCUAUUAACUGUGAAUUGUGAAAUCGUAAACUCUUUUAACCACGCUAGAAGUUCAUUUGGACAAAGGAAGAUUGAAGAAAGAUUUACUGAACCUUUAAAAUUUUACGAGAAGUAAUCGUGCAAACUUGAAAACGGAGCAAAUUUUCUUUAUCAAAAAAACGUGAUAGGGUUCGGGCUUGUUAAUACAAUACGAAGAUUCUGAUUGUCCAUAUGCCCGUCUUCAGCAGUUAAACUAUUUCAUAUUCCCUUAAUUUGAGGUUUAUUGUAAUAGAAUUCUCAGCUCAUUCCUCGUCAGCUAUGAUGCUUUCCUUUUGCCUCAACCCUUAACUUCCAUGAGUGACCAAGACAGAAUUUCUCCUUACAAUAUCAAUACAAUAUCAAUACAAUAUCAACCAGAUAUGUAAUGAGAAUAAAGAAAAAUAUCAAUUUGGGAAUAAUUAGUUGAUCUAAUGCUAAAUUCUCUGAACUAACAUUCUAAGAAUUGUAUGGUUGACAGUAAGGAGGAUGAUAAAUUUGAUCUGGGAGUCAAAGGGUUAAGAUUAAUUGUAAAAUUCGGUAGUAAUUUUGUAGAAGAGCCUGUUCCUAGGGUCUUUUUUCGUUUGUUUUAAUUUUUUUUAUGUUGUUUGUGGUGCUAUUUGGUGAGGGUUUCCCAAAUUAAAUACUUUUGCUUUGUCAGUUUCACCUUAAUAGAUAAGUGUAUCAGUGCAUACUAAGAAGCCACACCGCAGAUGCCGAGCACCGUGCCAAUUCAGGUACUACGGUCCCCCCGGCUGGCGGUAAUCAGUGUACAGUAAGUGAACAUGCCUUCAGGCUUACAGCAAAGUUUUAGACGGGAGGGGGGGGGAGGGAGAGAGGAGGGAAGAAUAAUUUCAAAGGGGGUAGACUAUAAUAUGGGAUUUGUUAUUGGUGAUUAAACAUAGGAACAUUGUGUAUCUACGGCCGUAUGGUCGGACCGACGAAAGAGACCUUCUUUCCGUCGGUGGUUACUAGAAGUUAAUUGAUUUUGUCUUACUUUGUUUGUAGAGUAUCAGAGCAGUUUUAACUAGUAUUCUCCGAUGAUUAUGCUCAGUCUCUCCGAGAAAAUCGCGGUCGCGACUUGCUUUUAGGCGCGUUUCCUCUUCGCCGUGCUGCGUUUGCAGUUCAGAUCAUGCGCGACUGCGUGGGUUUCUCAAAUUGUGAUUGACAAAUUGUAGUGCUUCUUUUUCGGCGAAUGGGACUAAUUAUUGCGUGCCGCUAUGUUGUGUAACUUAGGUUAGUCUCACGGCCUUUUACUUGUCAUUCGGGAUUUUCUCAUCUUUCUUUCACAUUUUUGAGAAUUCCUCGAUUUCUGACUUCAAUUUGAAUGUAACUGAGUUUCGCACGAAACUUUGCAAAUUUUCGUUCCUCAGCUGCUAUCCUAUACAGCCGUUUUUUGGGAUGUCAUUAAAGAAGGUACUUCUCUUUCACACUGUGCUGAUUUUCUUCCGUCAUUUUUUUUUUAUCAGCUGGUUCCUCAGAAAAUAGUGGAGAAUGCCCGGUUGAUAUGCUGUUAUUCCCCUGGGAACAUGACAAACUACCUUCUCAAGAGGAAGUCAUGGAGAUUUUCCAUUUGAAUACAAAUCUACGGUUAGAUGUCACUUACGAGAGGUCAGAGAAAAGCUUCGCGGAAGGAAAAGAACUCGAAAGGAUAUUCAAGUGUCGAAGGAAACUGCCAAGCGAGAGCAUUUUCUAUGAAGCACUUCCCAAGGUUUUGGACGAUGGGUAGGUUAAGGAAUCUUACUACACGGUUUUUCUUUUUGUGUGUGUUUCAGUGCUUUCAACACAGGGUUGGAAUUGCGUUUUUCAGUCAAGCAUUUUGACAUGGAAAAGCUCCGCCAUGUGUUCAACUACGAACUGAAAGGAGCGGAGCAGCGAUAACAUGAUGUUUUUUUUUCUUCGAACAGAUUUAUAAAAGUGCACGUCGAUUAUCAAGGUCGUUCUAACACGUUCAGACCUUGCCCAGUCUUCAUUCUUACCCAGCUCUCGCCCGGUUGGUGUGGAGGUGUUUUGACAGGAGUGUGGUAACGAGCAAGAGAACCCUCGGUGUUCUAAACCCCAUGGUGCCAAGAUCAUAUUUGGAAAACGCGGAUUACACGAAUUACCUACCCGUGAUGACGCGAAUAUCUACCUUUGUAACGUUCGGUCGAUAUUUGCGACACAAAUCGUCGAGUUAACAACUUUGUUGACUACACUCCAGACGUGAAUAUUGACAAGAUUGUCUUGAGUCGACCUAGCUCGGCAAGAUAGCCUUGUUAUUUAAAACUCAGCGAAUAGUUUGUACUUUCUCGCUCUUCGAGUAAACGUUGUUAAUCUACACAGAAUUCAGUUGAGCUCCUCUGAAUCGAACUGCAAAAACAAUCGAGUAUAGUUCGUAGCAACCGGAGAGUUCGAUUAAGCUAAUGGCGUAUUACUAAAACUCCUCUUCCACGGAAAUAGCUUUAAGUCCCUUAAACUCUGAAGAUCUAAUUCGUAAUUCUCUAACUUAGCAACCAGAUAUUGCCU